UUUUGGUCAAACUUGUAUUUCUUUCACCCAUCUGGCAGCUUAGUGUAUCGGUGUUUGUAUAUGUUUUGUUGCCGUAGUUGUUAUUGUUAGCGGAAUUCAUAAUAACAAUGGCCACGGCCGAUUUGUGUUCCAUCCGAGAAUGGGCUCCUCUAUCGGAUAUAAUAGAUCUUAUACCGGCUCGACAGCAAAGAGGAUUCUUCCCCUCGAAUCUCAAUAUAACCUGUAUGGAUGGAACUGACAAUUACCUGGCUUUGGGCUCAGAUGGGGGAAUUGUGUUUUGGUAUAAUCGUCAGACGGGCGACAUGCAGAAACUCAAAACAGAAGUGGCCACACGCAUAACAUGCGUGAAGAUAGUCAAUUCAGUGGAAUUUAUGGUGGCAGCUGGCAGUGCAAAUGGACAGGUCAGUGUAUUCCAAAUACAGAAAGAUCUGCCGCCUGAUUUAGAUUUGGUUGCGCCCUGCACGCGCAGUAAACCGAUUGAACGAUAUACGAUUCGGGAUCUACAUCGAUGUGUGGUCAGUUGCUGCGAAUGGUCCAAGAAUGGCAUGAAACUAUAUUCCGGAGACCGCCAGGGAGUUGUCGUCUUGACCGAAUUCGAUUAUCAAGCGCACCUCAGCAAAUCACUGGAGAUACUCAGUGAGGCCUAUGAGAUUGUCCAACUAAGUGUAUAUCAAAGCUACCUUCUGGUGUCGACUUUAUAUCGUUGCAUAAUAUGCCAGCGGGAUGCCCAGACCUUGCAGUGGCACAUCACUCAGGUGGGCAAAAAGGAUCGCAAGCAGCUGAUCGAUUGUGGUGGGAUAUUCUUGAAGCAGAAACUUCAAUUGAUUUGUGGGCGUCCUGGUUUACGUUUCUGGCUAGCCGAUGUCCAGGGCAAUGUGUCCAAGACCAUACUCUUUAAGGAGGCUGUAAUGCGUAGUCCCACCUGGGAGAUUCCCAUCUUAAAUCCAAAGCAAAGCAACAGUCAUAAUCAGCAGGCCCAUCAUGCGGAGGCCAAUGCUUCCUAUGUGGGCUCCAGCAAUUUCCGUGAAAUGUAUCUGUACGAUAAUCAGGAUUCGUUGGUGGUUACCCAUGAUGAUGCUACAUUGUAUAUCCUCAAUAUAGAAAGCCUAAAAGUGGAGGCAGUGGCUCGCGGUUUUCGCAAAAUUUUAGACUUCUGUGUGAAUGGCAAGGAAAUUUUUGUUCUCGAGGGUGAGCGUUCCCUGCUACGUUUAGCCCCAGUGCCAGAGAAGCCCAAUCGGAAGGCUCAGGUCAUCUUUAAUCCCCUAAUGCCACCACCUGUACCCAUAUUGGGUUCAUCCCAAUAUUCAAAUGUCGAAUCCCCGUUGGAAUUGCAGGCAGAAGCUGUUCUCAAUACGGCCGAGGAAUGCUUCGAACUGCCACCCAUUGAGAAACUGGAUCUUAAUGUCCAAAUAGAACUGGCUGUGGAGUCACCACUUGGUCAGCAGAAUCGUCGCUUGGAGAUCUUUCGUCGUAUUGGCGAAAUGGAUUUCGAGCAGUCCAUAGUUCAUAAGAAGCGUAAAGGUUCCGUAACAGGAAGGCCCAAAGAGUCAUCAGAUAUUUCUGGUACUGGCAUAGUGGAAAUCGGUCAAGAAGUAAAAUUGCCCCUGACCAGUGCCGCCACUCUAAUGGAGGCCAGCUACUGUCAGAUGGAAAACAAUGGUCUGGCCUCACCCUUGGAUCUAAAGAGCGCCUUCUUGCAACAUUUGCCCGAUGCGCUGAGUCCAACAACAUUGCAGAAAACAGUUGCCGAGAAGGCAAAGACUUUGGCUGCUGAAAUGGAUUUACCUGAAGUUCAUUUGGCUCCUCUCACCACUGAAGAGCUAAACGCUGUGCAUAUGCCCCAGCUGAAGGAGCCCCUAAUCAGCUGCUAUCCCACACAUCUCGAGGAGGUCAGUGUGCAGACUACACCACAGAAGUACCCCAAAUCUCCAGGAGAUUAUAGUGCUGGGCAGCCAGUCGAUGACAUUUUUGCCUCAACAUCUAAGCCAAUUGUGGCUCCAUUGAAAUUUAUCAACUCCCAGCCAAAGCCCCUACUAACUCUAGAGAAUGGAGACGCAGAAGAGGAGUAUACCAGCUUUCUACCCGAUUUUCGUCGAGCGGGUGAUCCUUUGAAAAAGGCUACACCAACACCACCAGCCACAAGUGAUUCUAAUACGUCCAGUGAAUGGGAAUUUCUUGAUAAUUAAUUAGGAUUGUUGACUAUUAUGCCAGUUUUAUAUAGACGGAAAACAUUUAAACCAAACAUUCCACAAGAAAUCUAUAAAAAAUCAAAAUUUGCAUUUCCGAUUAUUACCUUAACACCCUAUAUACAUAUAUUCAUAUAGUUUUUCUUGCACAUAUCAACAAUCCUAUUUAUCUGAAACCAGUAUUAUCUUUAAGUGCAUAUUUUCAAAAUUUAUUUUUCCGUAUUCCGAAUUGUAUGCACAUUUUAUUUAUAUGUUUUUCUUUUCUCUUUUGCUUUAUUUAACAGAAACUGUUUGUUGUGAUUAUUAUUAAUUUUUUUUAAAGUAAAUUUUAACACAAAUUGUAUAUAGAUUUUAAGCCAAAUUUUUGUAGAUCUUGUGAAACAGCACUGUGAACAUUAAUUUUUAAGAUUAAGUUGCCUAAAAUGAUAUAUGAACAUCCAAGUAAAUUAUACUCGAAUGUGGCUUUAAGUACAAUUUUUUUGAGUCUCAAAAACGCUUUGUGUGAAAUAUAUAUCUUUUAAAACGA